UGACAUCACACGGCUCGGCAGCCGGCGGCGCGGUUUUGGACAGAUUGGCGUGUAUUUCGCUAUCACUUCCGUGGAAUUUCCUCCUUUUGGUAAGGUGCGUUGCUUUUUGGCAGGUAUCUGAUUUCCAAUGACAUGGCUUCAGAUGACAUUGCCCAGCUGGUUGAUGCUCUUUCUAAGACACAUGUUGGGGAUGGAGAGUUGAGCUUUAAAGGCUUAGGAAUGAAGCUGGACAACGCAGAAUCAGUGGAAGAGCUGGUCCAGGAGAUAGAACAGUGCCAUGAUUUAAGAGCUUUGCGUUUGGAGGGAAACACCUUGGGGGUGGAGGCAGCCAGAGCCAUUGCUCGGGCACUGGAAAGCAAAGAUCAGCUUCAGAGAUGCUAUUGGAGCGACCUUUUCACUGGAAGACUACGCUCUGAAAUCCCAAAAGCCCUGGAAUCACUUGGCAGCGGAUUAAUGAUCGCAGGGACCCGGCUGACUGUGCUGGACUUGAGUGAUAAUGCAUUUGGACCAGAUGGCGUGCAUGGGAUGGAACAGCUCCUGAGAAGCCCCACAUGCCACACCUUGGAGGAGCUGAGGCUCAACAAUUGCGGAAUGGGAAUCGAAGGAGGAAAGAUCCUGGCUGAAGCACUGAUGGAGUGCCACAGACGGUCAGUGGCUGCUGGAUCUGCGCUCACAUUGAGAGUAUUUGUCGCUGGGAGGAACCGUUUGGAAAAUGAAGGAUCAAGUUCCUUGGCCAAGGCCUUUCAGUUGAUGGGAAGUCUGGAGGAGGUCCACAUGCCCCAGAACGGCAUCAACUAUGCAGGAGUUACUGCCUUAGCCUCUGCCAUGCGACACAACCCAGACCUGCGGGUGCUUAACCUCAAUGACAACACCUUCACAAAGAGAGGAACACUGGCUAUGGCUCAGGCUCUGAGACAUCUGAGGAAUGUCCAGGUGAUCAACUUUGGUGACUGCUUGGUCCGCUGUGAAGGCGCCAUUGCACUUGCAGGGGUCCUGAGAGAGGGGUUGCCAAUCCUCAAGGAGUUGAAUUUGUCGUUUGGCGAGAUCAAAGAGGCGGCGGCACUCGUGGUGGCUCAGGCCAUCAUGGAAAAACCUUACAUGAAGAAAGUGGAUUUGAACGGGAACUUUUUGGGUGAGGAUGGCUGUGAGGCUCUCAGGGAAACCAUGGACAGCCAAGACAAAGCUGACAUGCUGGCUUCACUCAGUGAUGAUGAGGGACCUGAUGAAGAUGAAGAAGGGCAUGAUGAUGACCACGAGGAUGACUGUUGCAACGAAGAGGAGUUUGGAAAAGAAAACGGAACAGCAAAAGAAGACAGUCCUUCCAAAUCGCAUUGUCCAGAUGAAGUCUUAUCUUUCCUCGACACCCCAUCCGCUGAGAAGCUUCUUCAGCUAGGAGAGAUGACGGGACACCUACUGCCAGAGGUGGACAGGGCGGACCCACAUAAGUCUGCUGAUGUGCUUCUGAAAGUGGCUUCUUCAUACAGCGAGGAACCUGUCACCAAGACCACAGUACUGGAAACGUUUGACAUGCUGUUGAGGAAGCUUCUCUCUGGUUCAGCCUUCCAGGCGUACACCUUCCUCUCGACCCUGCUGGUCCUCAUGGGAGUCCUCAAGGGAGAGGGGAAGAAGAAGAAGAAAGUGCCUCUGGUAGCAGGCCAGCUGUUAUGUUUAGAACAUGGCGUCCAGCAGGACUACUUCGCCCAGCACCACGCCUUCCUGCUUCACACGGUCCUGUCAAAGAACCGUGAGGCUCUCAAUGCGUGCAGCAGUAGCAUGGAGAGAUUAAUGUCCGCCUUAGAGAAGAGGUGCCUCGACCAAAAUUGAUCAACCGCCACUGGAAAACACACACAAUAUACUGGGCUUCAUCAUUCCUCCACAAUAGAAGUCUGUAAAACCACUGCUUUAUUUUAUUAAACCUGUCUAGGAUAUCCUCAUUUUUUAUAUUUUAUUCAUACUACAGAUUUAUAUUUUUUUAUAGACAAUACACAUACAAAUCUGAAUGAUACAUAUCUGCAGAUUAACCUGUAGGUUCUUGUGGGAGAAGAAAAAGUCCAGAUGUACAUUUAUAGGAAACUGGCAGCUUUUGUAGGAUUGUGCUUGUGUUUCAAAGCAUACUCUUACUUUGACACUUUGUUUCUUAAAGGGAUAGAUCAUCACACACUCACACAUUAAUACAUUAAGGGACAUUAUUUACUGAUAUCUUUGAACGUGGAAUUCAUAUCGUCAAAAUGUUGAAUAUGUAUGCUAUCUUGCUCGCUGAUGUUUACCGCCUGGAACCCCUUGUGCUUGAAUCAUGAAGUACAGCUUGAAGAAAGGAUGCAGAGUAUGUUUGUUGUGCAUCAUGUUCAUGUUUACUGGAAAGAAAACAUUGACAACUUGAUAAUGAUGUCGUUCACCAUCAGUCUUACUGAAAAUUGUGCUUUUAUAUGAGUGGCUUGAUUAUUCUGCAAUUGCAUUUAGAAUGACGCUCAUGUUUGUCGAAUAUAAUUCUGUACUAAAAUCUCAAUACACCAACGUUUGUCCAUUGAUUAUUUUA